GGGUAUAGGUCACGUGGAUGCUGGCAAAUCGACUUUGAUGGGUCAUGUUUUAUAUUCGCUUGGACAAGUCAACGAUCGAACAAUGAAAAAGUACGAGCGCGAUGCACAAAAGAUUGGCAAAGGAUCGUUUGCAUUUGCUUGGGUGCUCGAUGAGACUGGAGAGGAACGCGAUCGAGGUAUCACAAUGGAUAUUGCCAUGAACAACUUUGAGACGGAUCAUAGAAGCUUUACGUUGCUUGAUGCUCCGGGUCAUCGUGACUUUAUUCCCAACAUGAUUUCUGGAGCUGCUCAGGCCGAUGCAGCUAUUUUGGUGGUGGAUGCUAGUACAGGCGGAUUUGAAUCUGGCUUCGUCGCAAAUGGUCAAACGAAAGAACACGCUCUUUUGGCUCGGAGCCUGGGUGUGCAGCAAAUGAUUAUUGCUGUCAACAAACUCGAUACGUUGGAUUGGGAUCAAGGACGUUACAGCGAGAUCGUCGAGAAACUGGGGAACUUUCUGACGCAAGCUGGGUUCCGCAAAUCCAACCUUUCCUAUGUCCCUGUGUCUGGGUUGACUGGGGAAAAUUUAAUUAAAAAGAGCGAAUUAGUGCCGUGGUACGAAGGUCCAUGCUUGAUUGAUCUGAUUGAUGCAUUCGAACCACCUGUUCGACAACUGGAUAAGCCCCUCCGGAUAGGCGUAACCGAUUUCUUCAAAGGAGGUAUCGGCAGUAGCGGCGGCGUUUCUGCAGGAGGAACCAUUGACGCAGGCCAUGUGCAGAUGGGAGAACAGCUGAUGGUGGUCCCAGGUGGCGAAAUUGGCGUGAUCAAAGCAUUGCAAGUCAACGACGACACGGCGACGUGGGGAGCAGCAGGCGAUUCAGUGCUAAUGUCACUUACCGGUUUGGAUAUCAUGAAUUUGAGUUCCGGGUGUGUGCUGUGCAACCCACUCCAUCCCGUUCCUGUCACUACGUCCUUCACUGCACAAAUUGUUGUCUUUGAUCUCAAGGUUCCCAUCACCAAUGGUUACCCGGUUAUCCUUCAUCAUCAAAGUUUGGACGAACCAGCUUCUAUUGUAAAGCUUAACGCGGUUUUAGACAAAUCAACAGGUGAAGUCAUCAAACGGAACCCACGUCACUUAUCAAAGGGGAUGACGGCCAAAGUAAAGAUUCAGCUGACGAAUCGAGCGAUCCCACUGGAAACAUUCAAGGAAAACAAGCAGCUCGGCCGGAUUAUGCUCCGCAAAGGCGGAGAAACAGUUGCAGCUGGUGUUGUGGAUGAGGUGCGUACCAAUGCUUCUGUUUCCCAAAAUGGAUCAUGUUAUUAUUUUGGGCUCACCUUUUCGUAA